UGCAAAGCCUCUGUAGAUGUGGCAUUUAUUGUGGAUUCAUCAGGAAGCAUUGGUCGUAGAAGAUGGCCUCUGGUGUUAGACUUCUUAAAAAAGAUCAUCAAUGAGUUCAAUGUUGGACCCGACGGCACACAUGUGGCGGUAGUUGCCUACAGUACAAAUCCGAAGCUCGAGUUCCCUUUCAAUGCCGUAUCUGGAGACCAAAUUACUGCAGAGGAAUAUGGGAAACGUAUCGACAGCAUCAGAUUCCAGAGAGGCUAUACGUACAUCGAUAAGGCUUUGAAAUUGGCUAACGAACAAGUGUUUGUCACAAGUGCUGGGAUGAGGUCCGAUGUACCGAAGGUAUGAUUGCAAAACGUCCCUUAAAAAAGCCUCAGAAAAGUUUGUUCAAUUGCGUAUAGCGAAGUGUGGGUUUGUUUUGUUUCGCUGAAUUAUGUAAAGAGAACGUGUCGUUUUUUGUGUAAUUAGGAGGACACCGACUUUCUUGUGAACUUGAUGGGAGGCUUAGAGUAGACACUGUACAUGCUUGUGGUGCAAUGAGAUGUUAACAAACGCGUUUGUAUUUUUUUUUGUGCUACAUGCAGGUCGCUAUUGUAAUCACCGAUGGGGAGCAAACAACGACCGGUGGAUUUACACCAUUGGACGAAGCAUCCAAAGACAUCAAAGACAAAGGAGUUGUAGUGUACUUUUGGGUGUAGGGAGUGGCGUCAACUCAGAACAAUUACGGCAGAUUGCUAGUUCUGAUGACAACGUGUUUACGUCUACUGGCUUUGAGGAACUGAUUAAUGUGGUGAAGCCUAUUGUAGAGAAAUCUUGUCCGAUCAAACCAACACCAACGCCUACUCCGAGUAAGAAAUAAGACCCUGUUCGAUUUUGCUAUGCAUAUUUAAGCAAUGGCUGUACUGUUGGUUUGCAACCAGGUUUCAAUGUGGCCAUGUUGUUCGACGAAAAAAUACAGCCUUUUUUUUGGCAGAUAUUUACAUAAAAACGGAAUUCAGGUCCCAGCUUCAGCUUGUUCUGGGCGGACAACAUGGUCGCCGUGAAGUCAAUAUAUUUGAGGGGGAGAGAUCCUCUACGAUAAGAGUUUCCAAAGAGCUGUGCGAAGAUGUCGUUGUUACUAUAACUUAGGUGGAUAGUGCAAUCCCUUAGAGAGGUCGUUUCCGAUGUCUGUCUUGUCAAAUUCUCUUGUGUUAUUCGUAAUAUAUACAAAUUCAUUUAAUUGAUGAAGUUUGUUGUAUAGGAUACGUUAUAAAGCUGGAUUGGUAGGAUGACUCGCUGUCUGGUUUUGUAAGGUGUGAACGAGUUUUCUCUUACACUUUUGCCUAAUGUACAGGUGCAGUAUGCCCCAUCCCUAUGGAGACCACCUUCAUUAUCGACUCAUCUGUAUGUGGGAGCGACAGUGACUGGAAUCGCUUAUUGUACUUUGUGCAAACAUUGGUCAGCUUCUUCAAUGUGUCUCCUAGUCCAUCUGGAGGACGUAUUGCUCUCAUUCCAUACGCUACUGACGCUAGCGUUGCUCUAAAAUUCAACACAUUGACUGGAAGCCGACUCAGUGAAGCAGAGGUCAAUAGACAAAUUGGUCUGCUUAAAUGUCAGGGUGGGUUUAGACGAAUUGAUAAAGCAUUGGACCUGGCGGACAAGGAAGUGCUGACUCCCGCCGGUGGAGUGCGAGAUAUCUCAAAGGUGAAGGCCUCUAGAAUACAUUUUUUUUUCCAUCCUCAACACUUACAUAAACUGUACGGUUUGAGCACGAUAUAAAUCAGUCAUAUAAGAGAAAUCGAAGUCAACGAGACUUGAGACUACAACUAGAUUAGAUUAAAGGGAGUUGCUUGGCUUCGAAGGCUUGUGGGACGCUCACACAACCACAUCAGCAAUGCGUUUAGUGUAUGAUGUAUAAUUGAAUGCUGUUAUUUUAUUGUCAUAAUGAUUUUUUUUGUGGUUAUUAUAGUUAAAGUCUUUCCUGGUUUGUGGGCCAUUGUCUUCAAAUUUCUGCAGUUCGCUGAAAACGUUUGCAUCAUAUUGGUAAUUUUUCCUUUCCUCUUUUAUAGCCUGUUUUAGUUAUCACCGCUGGAAAGCAGACAAAAGAUCAAGGAGCAUACACGCCACUUGAUAAAGCCUCAUCCCGCCUUCAGAGUAAAGGAGCAGCUGUGUUCGUCUUGGGAAUAGGAGAAGACGUGGAUACCACAGAACUUAACCAGAUCGCCUCCGGGCCUAAUAACGUAUUUAGGGUGGACUCUUUUAAGGACUUGUACGAGAAGGCUAACGAAGCGAAGAGAGGAAUCUGC